CACUACCCAAAGUGUUAGUCUAUCCUACUCCUGCUAACUAGAAAAGCCACAUAGAGUACACAGCUGCGACCCGUAGCAGAAAAGGCCAUUACACAAUUUCUUCAAAUUAAAUUACUAAAAUUUAUUUCAUCUGAAAUAGUAAGAACUUCACACGAUACAAAAACAAAACUAAUUUUUUCCACACCAUUUAUAUCAAAAGGGACUGUCUAUAUGUCACACGGGUGAAACAGAGGCUUCCCUAACUCAAAAGUAUAAUGUCCUCCAUGCCGUAAAGAAGAAAUGGUAUAUGUCCUCCAUGUAAAAGGAAAGGUAUACUAUUCCUUCCUUCCUUGAGAAUAAUGUGGUUCUUCAGCGAAUGGAAACUCUUUGCGUCCUUUGUUCUUUCCUUGUGGUAUGCAUCCUAUAAGAACCGUUGCUGCACACGACGAGUUGCUAGUUCCUACCCGAGUAGCCUCACCAUCAUCGUCAUCAUCUUGUAAUGGAUUCUUCACUAAUCAAGGCCUUCCUUCUUCUCGCCGCGGUCACCGUCCACGCCCCGCUGUUGAUGGGGCUCAGCUCGCGGCGGCGCGGCAGCGGCCAUCCGGUGCUCCGCUUCUUCCUCUGGGGUGUGUCCGCCGCGCACACCCCACUGAUGUCCUAUGUCCUCUGGUUCUUGACCUCGUCCCUUUCCUCCAUGAAAGAAAGUGACGACCAAGACGAGGGGGGGCUGGGGACCGAGAUCUUCAUCAUGUAUAUAAUGCUUUCGGUUGUCCUCAUCCAGUUCCUCAAGGCCAAGACUGACAUGGCAGCUCUGGCCGUGGCCGCGGUCACCUCGCCCGUGGCCGGCGACGACAUCGAUAGCCUAAAGAUCCGGCCAUCCAUGGAGGGCGUCAUCAACGGGGUCUGGGUGGCAGGGCUCGUCAUCUACAGCAUCUUCCUCCACGCAAAGGGAGCCAUCAUCGGCACAGACUAUGGAUACAUGAUCAUGCUAAUUGUGCCACUAUGGGCUCUUGGUGGUUGCAGGAUGUUGCUCAGGUUCGCCGCCUACCGCACGGCGACGAGCUCCUUCGCUCUUGGACGCAGUGUGCAGCUCAUCAGUGGCUACAUGGCGUACCUCCAGCAAACCGGCUGCUUCGAAGCUGAAGGGCAGGUCCCCCGUCUGAUCGUGACGGGAGAAAGGAACCGGGACGUGGAAGAAAGCCCAACAGGGCACCGUGUCAAGCUUUCUGUUCUGGAUGAUAAGCGUAGUAGGCUGGUCACACUGGACCGAGUGUGGUUAGAGAGAGACCUGAGGCCGGAGCUCAAGGACCUCUGCCUCUCCUUCGCUCUCUUCAAGUGCCUGCGCCGGCGGUUCGCCGGGCACCGCCUCGCCGAGGCCGGCUCUACCUGGGCGUACCAUUUCUUCAGCGGCGGGCUGCUGGGCCGGCAGGACGACCACGAAAGGAUUUUCCGGGUCAUCGCCGGCGAGCUCUCAUUCGCAAGGGAUUUCUACUACUCCCCUCUCCCCAUGGCCUCUUUGGGCACUGUCUUCGCGGCUCUCCACUUCUUUCUGUCCUUGCUGGUCUCCGCUUACCUUGUCUUCCUGCCUCUCCUGCUGAUACUCUUGGGUUUGUUCCCAAUCUUUGGACUGCUUGCCCUUGUUGUUGCUGCGGCCAUAGUGGUCACCGAGAUCUCAGAGAUGGCCGCCGGCGUGCGCUCUAAGUGGACCAAGAUAAGCAUCAUCAGCCACUACAUGAGCUGCCGGAACCGUUGCGUCCGGAGAAUCUUCUCCUGUCUUCUAAGACGCAAUAAAUCCCCAAAGUAUUGGAAGGAUGAGAUUGGGCAGGCCGAGCUGCUAAAGCCAAGCCAUUUCUGCGACCAGCCAUGGGCUCGCCUCUUCAAAAACCUCUUCAUCCGAAGGAAAACCCGUCACAAGCCCGUGAUCAAGGUUCCUCCAGAGGUGAAGGCCGCCGUCCUCGCCUCCUUCAGGAGCUGCGGUGGCCGGCUGAGCGGCGGCACCGCCACGCUGCGGCGCCGGUGCAUUGACGUUACCUGGGCGAGCCAAGGCGAUGAGAUCACAACGACCACCGACGUUCUCCUAGUGUGGCACAUCGCCACGAGCUUCUUUGAGAUCAGGUGGUCUGCUUCUUCUUCCUCCACACGCACAGCCAGCAUGGUGGUCGCCCAAAGCUUGUCGCGCUACUGUGCAUACCUGGUCGCAGAAGCUCCAGACCUGCUGCCAGACGACUCCGCUUGGACAAAGCGCCGCUACGAGGCGGUGAAGAAGGGCAUAGAGGAGGCGUCCAAGUCUAGCAAUGCUGUGCCAGAGUCAGGUGUGUAUGGACACCUGAUAGUUUCCUUCAGUGCUGAGAGUUGCCACGAUGUCCUGAACAAAGGCUCGAGGCUGGGAAAGCAGCUGGUGGAGGAGGCCGAAAGGCAGAGAUCAGGAGAAGGAGAUGCAGAAGAUGGAGCUGGUCAUGAAGAAGACACGGUGUGGGAGCUCCUUGCAGAGUUCUGGUCGGAGAUGGUGCUCUACCUUGCACCGUCCGACAACGUCAAGGUUCACAUCGAGGCCUUGCAGCGCGGCGGCGAGCUCAUGACGCUACUGUGGGCGCUGCUGGUGCACGCUGGCAUCACCGGUAGGCCAGCUCGCUGCGUCCCUGAGCCUUGAUAAACACGUGUAUAGUAUGUGCACUGCUAUAAUCUAGUCACCAUUAAAUAUAGUGUGUUGGUUUUCCUCCUUAGCUAAGUUUUUUGUUUUAUGCUUCAGCUCCACACUAUUUUAAUUUUUAAAUUAGUUUGAAUGCAAACUAAUAAUUGACUAUCUAUCUUAGCAAUUGUCUGCGCUUGAUUUUAAAAAUAUAGUGAGAAGCUUUUUCCUCUUGAGAGACGCCCGAGGCGACCGAUACCUCCUUCGAUACGCCCGCUGAUUCGACCCAAUGGGUCCAAGUAACUUUAGAUGUUAUCACUAAUUUUUCAUUUGAUAUGUUCAAAAUUACAAUAGAAACUAAUAAUUUAUCUUAAUCACUUAGGCAGGGGUUGGAGGAAGGUUGGUGGGGGUGAUCAUGCACGCCAUGUGAACGGCAUCCUUGGUCUUUUGAUUAGGCAAAUGUUCCCUAGCCUGGUGCAGUUCGGCGGCACUGUCGAGCCGGCCUACACGUGGGCCCACUACACCACCAUCCCCAGCGCCCUUGAUCGGGAUGGAAGGGUAUUCGCCAACAUGACACAGCGUGUCAAGGCUGAGCUUUGGGACUUCUUUAGAUGCGAGGAGGGAUACGAGGCUAAAGCGGAUGAUGUGGCUGACAAAGCCGCCAAGAAACUCGUCAACAACAUGUGGUACGAGGCGCGCGUCUAAGCCGUUGUCCAAUACCACGCAGAUAUCCUUAGAGUGAGGGUCUCUAAAAGUGAGGCAAGAACCAUGAAGCUGACCCUGGAACAAUACAUGCGGGUAAAAGUGAGGCACAUGGUGGCGAGCCUUGCUCCCAGUUCAAGGCAUAUGCUUUGGCCCACAAGGGCAAGGCAACGGCCGACAUCGCCUACAACCCGAAGGAUCCGCCCUCGGCGUACAGCAACGCGACUGUCCACAGCCGCCUCGAUGGAUACACAUCGAUGGCAAGGAAGGUCCAUGGCCCAAAGUACCAUCCGAGUGCCCAUGACCUUGAUGGAGAAGUGGUCAUGAGGGCGGGAGGAGGCAAGAAGCAUGGCCGGUUCUAGAUUGGUGACGACACAAUCGAUAUGGCCAGUACUCCCACUCUCUCCCAGCUUUGAGCAUGGAGCAUGAGUUCCAGCCCAGCGAUAUGCCCAUGGCUGAACUCUACACAGUUCCAGAUGGAGGCACUCUAGGUCCAGCUGGAAGAGGAAAGGAGGCUACGGGAGGAGCUAGCGGCGACGAUGGAGGCAGAGCGGUAGAGGAUGGAUGCUGAGCGUCUCCAGAUGUUUGAAAUGGUGCGGGAGUGUUUACACUGCAAUUGGUCAAACUCCGCCACCGAUGCCAAUCCCUCCUCCUCAACCUGCUCCAAAUACUGUUUCCGGCACUUCCUCCUCAACCUGCUCCAAAUACUGUUUCCGGCACUGUGAGUCACUUCACAACCUUAUAAUCACUAGCUAGUACUCUAUUAGUAGUCUUGAUAAAAUGGGUUCUAGUUGUAUUUGAGUUGAGUGAUGACUAAGGUCUACACUACACUUGCUUCUGGCUUGAUAAACAGGAACUAAAUAUGAUUUUUAUAAAGAUGAAAUAAUAUUUUCCAAAUAUAUUUUGUAGUGGUUUUCCUGUUAAACAAUUUUCAAUAUUCCUAGACCAUUUCUUUCUUU